AUGGCACCUGGCAUGGCGUUCGACUGUGCGCUAAAAAUUACGAAGGGGGAACUCGAACUGUUAUCUGAUUACGACAAAGUUCUAAUGAUGGAAGCGGGCAUCCGUGGUCUACUAAUACAAGCUGUGAAACGGUAUUCAAAAGCCAACAGCAGUAAAGUUCCUGACUAUGAUCCUUCGAAACCGGAAUCAACAAUUGCUUAUUUGGACGCCAUGAAUCUGUAUUUAUUAUCAAUCAUAUUAUUGUUAUUAUUAUUUAUUUCAUUUAAUUUAAUUUUUCUAGGCAUGGUUGGGCUAUGAUGCAGUAUUUACCAAAGAAUGGAUUUGAAUUGUAUGACAAAGACUUGAGUACAGAAAAUAUUUUGAGAUUGCUAGAUGGAAUGGACGAUACUUCUCCGGUAGGGUUGAUCUCAGAAGUAGACGUCACAUAUUCAAUAUUUACAUUUAUUUAACAUUACACGAUGAUCAUGAUUUGCCAUACCUUCCUGAAAGAAUGAUACCACCGGAUCAAAAAUAAAUAAACUUGUUGCGAAUUUAAUGGAAAAAACAAAAUAUGUAGUACACUAUAGGAUUUUAAAGCAGGCCCUGAGUGCAGGAUUGGUGUUAAUAAAAGUAUAAUAAAUAAAAAACUGUUCCAAUAUUUCAUAUUAUUAUUAUUAUUAUUUUUUUUUUUAAUAGGUACAUAGAAUUUUGAAAUUUAAUCAAUCUCCAUGGCUUGAAAAGUAUAUUGAGUUAAAUACCACAAUGAGAAGAAAUGCUGAAAAUGACUUUGAAAAAGAUUUUUUCAAACUCAUGAAUAAUGCUGUUUUCGGUAUAAUAUUAAUUUUUGUAAUUUAAUUUUUUUUAAUUUGAUGUUAUUUUACAGGUAAAACUAUGGAAAAUGUGAGAAACUGUAUGCAAAUGAAGCUGAUAUCAGAUGAAAAACAGUGUCUUAAAUAG